AGUGCCCCACACACCUGAGACCCCCCCCGAGACCCCCAUGGCACCUCCACCGCCCCCCGGCCACCUCAGCCUGGCCCGCGGGGUUCAGCCCCCCCUGUACCAGGACGCCGUGGCCCGCCGGGCUCUGCGGCCCGCGCUGCUCAGGAGCGUUUCGGUGCCGGCCGAGCCCCCCGCGCCCCCCGCCAUGGAUGUCACCUACGCCGUGGUCAACAAGCCCCGCCGAGGGGGCGGGGCCGCGGGGAGAGGACCCUCCCCUUUGGGAAGAGACCACGCCCCCUUCGGACGAGACUCCGCCCCCUCGGGCACGUGCUCGCUGCCGGGCAGCCCCGUGCGCCGCCCCUCCCCCAGCCCGGCAGGCUCCCCCAGACCCUCGGAUGGCGCCUACGAGGUUGUGACCCCCCCUGUGGACACCGGCAGUGGCCCCUGCCUGGGGUUUAACUUCCGCAUUGGGAAGCCCAAGGGCCCGCGGGACCCCCCGGCCGAGUGGUCCCGGGUGUGAGGGGGGGU